GCUGAUUCCCUCAGCAGAAAGAAGUGUCACAUUUCAGCAUCUGGUUUUCAUAGUCAAUACAGGAUGUUGUCAAAGUGCAAUAAAGCAACAGUACUUUAGAAAUAAAACAGAAUUGGUCUGGACACUUUUUGUUGAGGUGAGAACAGCUGUUCGUCUUUUUUGUGAGGAUUUGUCCAAAGUAAAAAAAGGCAGUCCAGCCCACAGGACAACGCUGGAGACAACUGCCGUCUCACUGAAAAGUGCUCAAUCUUCACAUCUUCACAUGUGGAACUGCCACAAAGACCAAAAUGAUCUGGAUUAUUUUAUUUCUGAAUCUUCUUGCUUCAUCAACUGAAAAUAGUAGCCAUACUUAUCGCAAUGAACCUGAUAUAUUAACUGAGGAGACUGAGUACGUCUCUCUUCAAGGGCAAAAAGAAUAUUAUCACAGAGACGCAGGCAAAGACAAGUGCACUAUGCCAUGUGAAAUGACUGCAAAGCUAAUGCGUGAUGAAAAACAUUCCUUGUGCAUUAAUCUCCAGCAUACCAUGGUGUCAUAUACAAGAAACACUAGGAAGCUGAUCAGAGAUCUCAUUGAUGAACAGCAAAAGGCUUUGGAAUUUCUCUCAAGUCAGAUAAUGGAGCUUAUGGCCAAAGUAAACACACUCAGUUCAGAUGUGCAGAGAAGCAACAGUGACAUCUUUUCCGUGAAGCCUAUGGAGUCCCACGGAAAAGACUGUAGUGAUAUCAAAGAGACACUAGGUGUCGUUUCUCCAAAAAUCCCUAGUGGAAUUUAUAUCAUUCAGCCAGAAAACACAGAUGUUUCAUUUGAGGUGUUCUGUGAGAUGGAUUACAUGGAAGGCGGAUGGACAGUAAUACAGAGACGGACCGAUGGUCUCACUGACUUUAAACGAAUGUGGUCACAGUACUUGGAUGGAUUUGGACACUUACCAGGUGAACACUGGUUGGGUUUGAGGAAGAUCUUCAAUAUUGUGAGUCAGAGGAACACACGUUUCCAGCUGCACGUGUCCCUGGUCUCGCAAGACGAUUCCACGGCCUAUGCUUCAUACGACAAUUUCUGGCUCGAAGACGAAACCAAAUUCUUUGCAAUACACCUUGGCAGAUAUGCUGGCAGUGCAGGUGAUGCUUUUCGAGGGUAUGACCAAGAGCAGAAUCAAGAUACGGCUCCUUUCAGUACCUCUGACGUUGACAACGACGGCUGUUCUCCAUUCUGCACGUUUGCUGAUAAAGCUGUUGAGAGCUGCAGUGAGAACCAGAACAACACUGGAUGGUGGUUCAACAAGUGUGGCAAGGCAAAUUUGAAUGGCUCACCUUUGGACCAAGAUCUCUCCACCCAGUCACAUAUCCACUGGGACACCUGGACCAAAAAUGGCACGCUUGUCAACAUCAAAUCAGUGACUAUGAAGAUCAGGAGAGUCGAGAUCCCGAAUUUAAAAUAAAUCCAUGAAGAUUCUGAAGAUGAUGUGUUAAAAUGGAAGAAAAUAUCCCUUGGAGUCAAAUGGGAAUAAAACUUUUGGCAUGUGACUUAGGCCACUGUGCCUUUUAAUCCUGGAUCAGAGCCCAAAAUAUUCAUACUAAUCUUUUCAUUGUUAUGAAUGAAGGGAAUUGUGUUAUUACUUUUUAUUUACAUGGAACACGGCUAGAUUAAACCAAAUAAUUCAGUCUGAAAGAAACUGUCAAACUAUCAGCACUUGAAAUUCCCAGAAGCACUUUUUUUUUAAUUGACUGUUGUACUUAGUUUGCAUGAGACAUUAGAUUUUACUCAAAACACUCAAAGCCUGUUUCUGCCUCAGAGGAAAGAAUGAAAAGGUAAUUGAGAUAAAGUUUGAAAUAAAGCAAUAUAAAAUAAAAUAAAAUAAUUUAUUCUUUUAUUUUA